ACUGAGGUAGGCAAGCAGGUAGUCUUCAACCAGCUUUCCUCUAAAGCACCCUGCGUGCUAAGCAGUGGGAUACUAGAGAGAGGCAAAAUCCUAGUCUCUGCCCUCAGGCAGCUCUCAGUCUAAUGGGGAAAACCACAUGCAAGCAACCGUGUAUGUACUAGAUCUGUACAAGACUGGCAAAAUGGAGGCCCAAGACGGAAAGUCUGAGGUUAUGCUGGCUGUUGUGACAGAACCUCAGUUUACCCAGCAUUAUAGAGAAUAUCUUGAGAAGCAGCAGCUCCUGGACAGGCGUCACCGAGUGAAGCAGCUGCCCGAUGGUACCAUAGCACUACCUGUUGUGGGAGAGACCCUCAGUGAGCAGCACCUACUAGCCCUGAGGCAGCAAGGGACCCCUGAGAACAUCUGCCGGCUGGUGCACAUCCCGAAACCCAUUCUUUCCAAGAAAGCUCAGAGAUGUUCACCUGCUCAGAAGCUAUGUCAGGAGCUUCAGUGCCUGGUGGAAAGUCAAGGACACAUGUGGUCAACUGAGCUAGAAAAAGAUCUUCCCCGCUCCUGGCAACGUCAUGGUGACCUCCUUCUGCUCAGUGAGGACAGCUUCAAAGAUCCCCAUUGGAAAAAACUGGAACCAGGGCUCUGGAAGACAGUAGCCUCUGCACUGGGAGGUCAGCGUUUGGCAAAGCGAGGGCGUGUGUCGCCAGGUGGAACACGAACUCCCAAAGUAAUCCUAAUGCUGGGUGACCAUGGCUGGGUGGAGCAUGUGGAUAAUGGCAUCAGGUACACAUUUGAUGUGACUCAAAGUAUGUUCUCCUUUGGAAACAUCACAGAAAAGCUGCGAGUGGCAUCAAUGUCCUGUGCAGGAGAAGUGCUAGUGGAUCUCUAUGCAGGGAUUGGCUACUUCACUUUGCCAUUCCUCAUUCAUGCAAAUGCUGCUUUUGUCCAUGCCUGUGAGUGGGAUCCUCAUGCCGCAGCAGCCUUGAAAAAGAACCUGGAGCUCAAUGGUGUUUCGGAUCGCUGCAGUAUACACCUUGGUGAUAACAGGAAGCUAAAGUUACGGAGCAUUGCAAACAGGGUGAACUUGGGGCUCAUCCCCACCUCAGAGGAGGGCUGGCCCAUUGCCUGCCAGGUACUGCGCCAGGACACUGGCGGCAUCCUGCAUAUCCAUCACAAUGUGGAGUCUUUCCCAGGGAAAGACCUUCAGCUCCCCAGUAGCAGUGAGGCAGGGCAAAAGGAGCAGAUAGCUGCCAGGAAUUCUGGAAGACAAACACCAGCAAAGGUCCCUAAGCUAGAAUGGAGAAAGUGGGCUGAAGUUGUGGCUGCUCGGAUUAGAGACCUGCUUUUGCAGCUGCAUGGGAACCCCUGGGAGACCCAUAUCCUGCAUAUUCAGCCAGUGAAAUCUUAUGCUCCCCAUGUGGAUCACAUAGUCUUAGAUUUGGACUGUCGUCCCCUCUCUUAUUCUGGGAAGGGAGUUGAGAAAGCUGAGAAGACCUGCAACCAGAGGCCCAAAGUCUGAGGUCUGGGUUUGAGGUGGCUGGAAAUUUGGAAUUCAGCAGCUUACUUCUACUUCUUGCCCCCUUAGUCCCUAAAAAUUAAUCUUUUACAUUUUUAUAAGGAAUUUUUACAGUUACUGGUUAUUAGAAUAUCUCUUCCAAGGGCUUGGUGUAAAUCUGAGACUGAGCACUCUAGUCUAGAAGUUCUGUCUUCUACUCUCCCACUAAUCAAGAUGAAUUGUCUACCUGAAGCAGAAUGGUGUUUUAAAGUGAGUGCAAUCUGUGGAGCAUGGGGUUCUGCGGGUUGGCCUUAGUUCCAUCUGUAUGGCCUUAGACAAAUUGCUGCUUUAUUGGACUGUUGACUUUGAAUCUCAUCUCAGAGAUAGGGUUAACCUUGAAAUACCUCAUGUAGCUAUUGUUUAAGGAGUGUGGGUUUAUAAUGAACAGAAGUAUUUCUUCAUAGAAGUCUUGGAAUUAGAGGUACAGAACUGUCCACCUCCUGAAGUGUUUGAGAUUGUCCUUUGGAGACAGAGCACUUGGUGCUGCUUCUCGGUUGCUGGCCUACAGUAGAUCUGGAGUGGUUUUGUUUUGGUGAAUUUGAGCCAGAGCACACUUUGCCAGAUUGGACCAAAGUGAGGCCAGGUCUUGAGUAGCCUUGUCAAAUCUUGUCCUUAGCACCUCAGUUCUGAUGUCCCAUGACUGACCUUCUGAAUAGCUUCUUGCUUUGACUGAUCAAUAUAAGAGUGCUGCUAUAAAUUUGCUAAUUGUUGGGGGGAAGGGGAGAGAAUUAUUUGGCAUUUUAAUGUUUGUAAAUCAUUUCACACAUAUUAUCUCACUGGUUCUUCCCAACAGUCUUUUGUGGUAAGUUAUACCCAAUUUGAAGAGGAAGAGUCUGAAACUGAGAGGUAAAGUUAUUUGCCCAGAAUAACAGAGCUUGUUAGUUGGCUUAACCAGUUCAAACCAGUGUCUUCCUAAUAAUAACUCCUAUCAUUAUCCCAUGCUACCUUCUAGAAUUACUGUGGCCCAAAAGAUCAACUUGCAUCAGUCUUCUGGUAUUAAACUACUCCAAGCUAAUCCUCAAACAAUAGCCAGUGAAUAUGUCAAUGAUGUCUUUCCAACUAGUCCUUUUCUCAAACUUUGACUUAUCUGCAGGCUUUUGGUAUUCUUUUCUAUCUAGUUUUCCAUUAUAUUGCUCUAUUUUGGUUAUCCCCCUAUCUAGCAGACAAUUCCUUCUCUUUCUCUUUUUGCUGAAUUUUCAUUAAUGUCAUGCCCACAAAUAGUAGGAGUCAUCCAAAACCCAUACUGUUUCUAUAUUCUGUUUUAGUAAUCUAAUCAGCUCUAUUGUUUUCAGUUAGCACCUCUAUGUAGAUGACUCUCAGAUCUCCUAGUCCAGCCCUAACCUCUUUCCAAAUUUUCAGUUUCAUAUCUCCAAUUGCCUCAUAGACAACUGAAACUGUAUGUCUCCGAGACAUGUCUCAAACUGAACGUUUUACCUCCCCCCACCCAAAAAAAUCCCUUCUUCCUAACUACUCUAUUAAUAUACAGGGAUCACAAAUCCUCCCAGGUUCCUGGGCUCAAAUCCUAGGUAUCAUUCUUGGCCCUAUCCCCCACAAGCCAACCAGUGCUUAAGUCCUAUCAUUUCCACCUCUCUUUUGACACUGCAGUCAUUUUGAUGCUGGCCCUCAUGCCUAGAUUAUUUCAUUAUUCUAUUUGUUGGUCUCCCUGCUUCAAGUUUCUUACUACUUACUACUACUUACUACUUCAUUCUAUCUUCUAAGCUAUCAAACUGAUCAUCAUAAAAGACUCUCAUAUUCAAUCAACUCUAGUGGCUUGCUAUUGCCUUCACUUCCAUUUGCUGCCCUGCCUGGUUUCAACUACAUGAAAUAACAUUUCCCCCUUCCAGUAUAAACUCAUCACUUCUAAAUCACCAUCAUAUUGUUAACUCAAGUCUUCAUUGACUCUACCUUCUAUGGUCUCCUCUCCCCUCUGAAGGCCAGAGGGUGAAAUACUAAACUCUUCCCAGUGCCUUCUUAAAAGAAGAUAGAAACUGGGCUCUUAGAUCAUUCCAUCUUACAUCUGCUGCUCUUCCUGGUUUCAUCUCCAUGAAACAAGAUAUCCCCUGGUGUCUCCAUCCCCAUGGAGAUUCUUCCUCCAUAGUCUUCUACCUCUACUUUCCAGCAUCAUUUUGUGUGUUGUCUCCCCCUUUAGAUUAUAAACUCAAUGAGGGCAGGGACUGUCUUUCUCUUUAUUAGUUGUUUCCCCAGUGCUUAACACAAUGUCUGGCUUAAUAAAUGUUUAAUAAAUUGAAUUGGGUCAAAGAUAAAAUCCUAUUUGGUUUUCAAAUCACUUUAAAACCUGACUGCUUCCAACCUUUCUAGCUUUUUGUAUCUUACUCCCCUCCAUAUAUUCAGCAAUCUAGUGAGAAUGGCCUUGCUUUUCCUCAAAUUCAUUCUAUCUCCAGAAUCUGAGUGUCUUCACUUACUCUCCAAGUGAACAGCUAUGUGGCACAAAUGGAGAGAACACUAAGCCUGGAGUCAGAAAGACCUCAGAAUAGAAACUCAGAAACUUACUUUGUAACCCUAGGGAAGUCAAUCACUUUCAGGCUUAGUUUCCUCAGCUGUAAAAUGGCAAUAAUAAUAACAUUCAACUUCACUGUUGUCAUGAGGAUUAAAUGAGAUAGUACUUGUAAGAUGCUUUACACAGUGCCUGACACAGGUACUUACUAAAUGUUUAUUCCUUUCUCUUCCCAGUUCUCCUUGCCAGGAAACUUCUCCCUCUUCCUCUCUAUAUCCUGGCUUCAUUCAGUUCUCAGCUAAAGUCUCAACUUCUGCAAGAAGCCUUUCCCAGUCCUCUUUAAUCUUAAUGCCCUCCUUCUGAGACUGUUCUCAAUUUACCUUGUGCAUAUUUUGUUUCUACAUAGUUAUUUUUAUGUUGUCUCUAUUAGACCAUGAACUCCUUGAGGUCUUGGACUAUUUUUGCCUUUUUUUUUAUCCUCAGAACUUAGCACAAUACCUGGCACAUAAUAGGUACUUAAUAAAUAUCAGGUGACUGACUGUUAGGACCAGUCCAUGUACCAUAUAAUCUUACUCCUCCAUUUGAAUUAAGUACAAGAAAAACAGGAUUGAAGAAUGGAUUUCCCCUGCUUACCUAACUCACAGAGUUUUUAUGAGCAAAGUGCUUCAUAAGCCUCAGAUAUUUACUAGUUAUAUGAACCUACUCAAGUCACUUAAUUUCUGAAUGCCUGCUUAACAAUCUGUAAAAUGAAGAUAAUAAUAGUUCUUAUUUCUUGGAGUUUUUGUAAAGCACUUUGCAAACCUUAAAAUGUUGUACAAAUAAUAACUAUUAUUGUUAUUAAUUAUUUCAAUCCUGAAAGUACUGUAGUAUUAGCAAUUGUUACUAGUCUCACACAUUACAUGAAUAUAUCAAAUUCAUACCUAAAGGGAUUCCUCAUACUUCCAUAAUUCUUUCAAAUCUGGGACAAGACAUUUUAGCUUACAUGAAUCUGUAGUUUCAGUGACAUUUUUCUAGCAAAGAUAACACUGCAGCAAUUUUAGAGAUAUUUCAAAAUUUUCUAUUAUGAGUCAUAUGUAGCCCUUAAAAGAUUAAAGUAUAUUUCAGAGUAGAGACAUAAUAAGUCUUGCUAUCCUAUUUACUUUCCUCUUAAGACACUGUUACUUAGAGAAGAUGGGAGAUUGCCAAGUAAAUUUGCUUUAGAGCUAAAAAGCAAAACACUGUUUCUUUGACAAUCAUAUUCAAAGUCUAAAUUUAAAGUCAGAAAUAUAUGAAACUAAAUCUUCCUACAUUUUGGGGAUAGACAAAGUAAAUAGGAAACAAAAACAAAAUUCACCAGCUUUCAUUCACUGAGUAGUUUAUUUUCACAAUAUAAAAGAAAAAAAUGCUUCUAUAUGUUAAAAAUGAAUUUUAAAUCAUUAAUUCAACUGGCAUCUUAAUUUAUGAACUAAAUCAUAUGGAACUAUGCCUAAAAAGAUCACAGGAGAGUCUAGAUCUGGAAAAGAUCUACAAAAUUAUACCAAACAUUCAUUUUAUAGAGGAAACCAAGAUCAUCUGUAUUCAGUACAACUUGAUAUCCCAUUAGUUAAUUUACAAAAAUGUCUAAAAAAUCCAUUUUAUUCAACUAAACACAGACCAAAGUAUUUGCAAAAAAUGUAAGAAGCAGCUUUUUCUAACAGCAAAUUUCCAAAGAAAUUUCCUUUGCUUCCUCUCUGAGGUCUCUUGCAAAAGCACACACAUACACAUACAUACUCAAAAACACCAAAACAAACAAUAAUAAUAACCCACUUCUUUCUUGAGCCUAGCAUGCAUUUUCUACCAUGGCCUUCCAGACACAUGUAGAUAUAUUUCUCUCUACUAUCUACGCCAGGUACAAUACAUAUAUCUAUCCACACUUGUUUUCUCGUCACAAAUUAUCAAUUCAUAAGAACAAAUUGGUUCAUUUUGACACAGUCCCAGCAAGUAACUGAUUACAAAAAUGAUCCAAUGAUAAUCAGAGGAGGCCCGUAGCAAUUCAUAUGGGUAAUGUGUUUACCCAAAAAGGAAGAUGUAAGGAGAUGUUAAAGUCUUAGUUUCAUCUCUACUUUUUAAAUUUCAUAUCUGUGAAUUUCAAAACUACUCCACCCUAUUCAGACCAUUCUUUAAAAGAUCAGAUUUAGCUAUUUCCUGAUCAAUAACAAUAGAGAUACUUGGAAUAACAGAAUCAGAUCUUUAUUCUCCACCCACCUCAGGGUAACAAGAUUACGAAAGGCUGCAGCAAACUCAAGAUUUAAUUAUUUGAGAAUAUGGCCUUCAACAGACAUGUGCAAAAAAAGGACAGACCUCUGGGCGGUUCUGGGUCAAGCUAUAGCCACCACUGGCACAUGUGAGAUGCAGGAAGUAAGGUAGAAAACAGCCUCUGGAGUUCUCAGGACUUCCUGUGAAGAGGGCUAGAGUCCGUUGGAGGCUAGUGUCCAUGGCAGAAAAGCCUCAAGAUGAUCUCUUGGACAUUCCCUUAAACAACUCAGAUCUGGUCUUAUUUACUGAUGGUUCUUUUUUUAUGAAAGAUGGCAUAUGCUACACUGGAGCUUCUGUAGUCACAGAAUUUGCCACUGAGUGGUCAGUUUUGCUGCCCUCUAAUAUUAGCACUCAAGGGGCAGAACUCAGAGCUCUCAAACAUGCCUGUAUAAUUGCCAAGGGUAAAAAGGCAACAAUUUAUACGGAUUCUAGAUAUGCUUUCGGCAUUUGUCACUCAUUCAGGAUGCUAAGCUCCAGAGAGGAUUUUUAACCUCAGCUGGAAAAUCCAUAGCGAAUGCAGAAAUUAUUAAUGAAGUUCUUUCUGCUCUCAAACUGCCUAAAGCCCUAGCUGUAGUUCAUUGCUCUGCCCAUACAGGUGGCUCUGACCCUGUCUCUAGGGGAAAUGACCAAGCAGAUACUGCUGCAAAGCUAGCAGCCAUAGAAGGGCCUGGAUUAAUUUUAACAUUAACAACCACUGAUGAUUUAAAUUUAUCACUUUCCUAUUAUGAAAAGGAAGUGGAAAAAUGGAAACAAAAAUUUAAAGCAAAAUAGAUUAAUGGAGUCUGGGUGUCAUCUGAAGGGAAACUCCUGCUCCCUAUAAGUUUCUAUCACCAAAUUUGCCAAUCUGUUCAUAAAAAUGGUCACUUUGAUACCCAGGGAAUCAUGGACUCUGUUAAGAGAGUAUGGAUAGCCCCCGGUAUAACUACCAUAGCCUCUAAAGUUUGUUUAGCCUGCUCUACCUGCCAGACAUAUAACCAACACACCUUGCGUGGCAAAGCUUUUAGUGGGCAUCCUUCGGUUUAUACUCCUUUUGAGCACCUACAGAUAGAUUUCAUAACAAUGCCAAAGGCCGGAAAUUAUAAAUUUUGUCUAGUCAUAGUAGAUCAACUGACCAGAUGGACGGAAGCUUUUCCUGAGACCUGAGCCACAGUGGCUUUUGUUGCUAAGGUGCUUUUAAAAGAAAUUAUUCCUCACUUUGGCCUGCCAGCACGUAUUGAUUCAGAUAGAGGAUGUCAUUUUAUUGAUUCUGUCUUAAACCAAAUAUAUUCUUGCUUGGGGAUAACUCCCAAAUUCCAUGUUCUAUAUCAUCCCUAGAGCUCAGGCCAAUUUGAGAGGAUGAACAAAGAACUUAAAACUAUGAUUGGCAAAUUAUGUACCGAGACCUAUUUAAAAUGGCCUGAAAUUCUCCCUCUGGCCCGAUUUUAUCUUAGAAGCAGGUCUAGAAGAGACUUACAUAUCUCACCAUUUGAGAUGCUUUUUGGACAUUCACCUAUACAGGCUAAUCCUUUCUUCCUGGUAUAUACAUCACUAUUAGGGGGAGAUACUACUAUUGCUUCCUAUAUAUAGGAAUUACAGCACAAACUGCAUGAAUUCCAUGAACCCGGAACUGCAGUACAAGCUGAACCACUAAACUUUUCACUUCACGACCUAAACCAAGGAGACAAGGUGUAUAUUAAGAAUUUCCAGCGUACUGGAGCAACUCGGCCUUCCUGGGAAGGACCAUUCCAAAUAUUUUUAACUACUUCAACAUCUAUAAAGGUUGGAGAGAAGGACUCUUGGAUUCAUUGCUCACAUGUAAAGAGAGCAUCUUCUGUUGAGACUGAUUGACUAUAUCCUAUCACAUGCAUUGAAGAUAAUAAUCCAUUGACAAGUAGAUGCUGUUUUUCAAAAACACAUUGAAUUCCUGAUUUUUUUCUUUCCCUUAUUUUUUUAUUAUUGCUUUUCUUUUGAAUAUUUGAUUUUUCCCCCUUUCCUCAUUUCUUGUACAAAAGGUACAAAAAAAUUAAUUUUUUUCUCUCUCUCUGCAGUAAUAUAAGUUUAAAUAUACAUACUUACUAUAUUAUUAAUACAUACCCAAACAGCUUUAUACUGUGGGAACCUGCCAUUUCUUGAUAAAAUGUUAUGGGACUAUUAUUAAUGUUUGUGUCUGAUUCCAGGAAAUGGGAUAAAAACAAGGAGCACAGACUUAAUCUGAAUAGUGCCAAAAGAGCACACAGGAAAUACUAAUGUGGACCCGAGGUUGCGACACUUGACAUACGUUAAGUUGUAGGACUUCCUUGUAUCUACGCUCUUUAUGAAGUACUCAUACAAGUACCAAAAUUUGACUAUCAUGCUGGCUCCCUAUAUCCCUGAGAAUGAAAAAAGUCAGACCAUGGAAUGACGCUUCCCUAUCAAAAUAGAAUUCUAGUUCCUUUCCUUCUUAUAGUAUGGCAACUUCCUGUAGUCUUGGCUAAGAUGGGUAAGUGAAAUAUUACUGCAUUCUGUCCUACAGACUUGUGGAAUAGAAAUUACUUUAAAUUGGACCUUUACAAGAGCUCAUUAUGAAGUUAUUCUUGAUUACUCAACAUUUUAUACAUAGAUUUUGGUAUUUUGAUUCUGAUUUUGAAUUUUUUUCUUCCCUUUCUCCCAAAAGUUUAACUUUCUUCCAUAUUUUUUCCCUUUAUAUAUUUUUGUUUUGUUUUUCUUUGUUUUGUUUUUAUUGUUUUUGAAUUAUUUUAAUAACUGACUCACAACACCCCAUAAUUCAACAAUGCAUCCUGAGCUGAACUGGAUUUUUUAACACCCGCGUUAGGGGGGAUUGUAUUUUAAUAAAAAUCCAAGAUUUUGAAAAUCUUUUUUUGUUUGAGAAAGAUCUUCAAAGAAGGAACUUGCUAACUCCUAAAUCCAGAGAAUGAACUGUUGCAGAAAGAUGCCAGAAAACAUACAUUACAUCAAGAUCAAGAAUGAACCUUGGGGUGUGGUUGAUUGAACUGAAGGUUGAUUGAAUUUAUUUUGAAUGUACACUUCUGCCAAAGGGGACUGCCCCCAAUUGGCUUUUGUCAAUGCGCCCAGCAAAACAUUGGUUUUGCUGUCUCUGUCUCUCUGUCUCUCUCUGUCUCUCUCUCUCUCCCCCCGCCCCUCCCCUCUGAUACUUUCUUCCUCCUUUUUUUAAUUAAACACCAUAAAAAAAAAUUGGCAGCUAUCUUGAGUGUUU